AUGAGUCUGGGAGAUGUCAAACAAUCUUUGUCCAAAAGAACCUCAACCAUCCGCAGUAGAGCAUUAUCGCAAACUGGUUUUGCAACAUCAUUGCGUGAUCGUCCUGUUGUCCAUAACGCUCAACAUGUUGAUGAUCUCGGGCGAAAACGUUCAACUGGCACGAAUGAAACGAGAUGUACUAGAUUUGAUGAGAGUGGCCUGCAAAUGACUAACGAUCCGAACAGCGUAUUUUAUCGGCGUCUGAGUGAAACACUUCAAAAACAAGUACGAAAAGAGAAUCGCACAGCGAAUGAAGAAGAAAAAUUCCAAUCAUUGGAAAAAUAUGGUCCAGAACUGGUUGAAUUUCUUAAAGACAGGGAAGGCCAUCUUAAAUCGAAAUUUGACAAAGUUUUUAUCACUUAA